AUGUCUGCGCCGUCGUUGCAAAAUUCGUUGAGCAAGUUAAACACCCUCUCCUCUCAGCUUAAGGAAGCGUCCAUAGCGCCAAAGGUUGUCACUGAAGCGGUUGCUCCAGUGGAUGCUACCCAAAAGAAGGCGAGGAGAACCUUGCGCCCACGAAAGGCACUUAUCACAUUGACUCCAAAUGCCGUGACCCACUUGGCGGCCCUCUACAAUCAGCCAGAGCCUAAGUUGAUCCGUAUCGGUGUCAACAAUCGGGGGUGUUCCGGCUUGACGUACAACUUGUCAUACGUCGACAAGCCAGGCAAGUUCGAUGAGAUGAUUGAGCAGGACGGUGUGAGAGUCUUGAUUGACUCCAAGGCUUUGUUCUCCAUUGUGGGGAGUGAAAUGGACUGGAUCGACGAUAAGCUAGCUUCCAAGUUUGUGUUCAAGAACCCAAACUCCAAAGGAACUUGCGGUUGCGGUGAAUCAUUCAUGGUUUAG